UGCCCCGCGGCAGAGCUGCGCCGCCGCUCGCCCGGGCGAUGGAGGCGCCGCCAUGGCGGAGCCGAGCGCGGUACAAGGGCCGGGCCGCGCCGCCCUGGAAGGAGACCUACCGCCUCCGCUGCAUGGAGAGGCUGAGGAGCAGCCGGGCGAAGCUGCUGGAGCGGUACCGCCGGGCCGGGGAGAGCCCGAGCGGCCCUGCGCUGGUGCGGGAGGUGAUGGAGCAGGAGUGGCGGACGCUGCAGGCCCUCGGCGGGACGGAGGCGCUGCCGCAGAUGCUGGAGGAUCCCGAUGAGCUGGCGGUGCUGGAGGAGAUCCAGCAAGAGCUGAUCUUGCAAGAGCAGCUGGUUAUGAAAGAGUACGAGCGGAGCCUGCAGUUUGAUGAGGAAUGCCUCAACGCGAUGCUCGAUGGCUUGGAUGCCAGUGACAAGAUCAUCUGCCCAGUGUGUAGGAAGAAUAACCUGACUGUGAGGAACCAUGUGGUUUUUUGCCAGUGUGGGUUAUACAUCAGCACACAGGAUAUGACAGAAGGGAAGCUUAGGUCACUCCUAGAAAACACUGUAACAGAGCACAGCUACAGGUGCUUCCACAGCCCAGAGUUCACAGUCACCAGUGGGAUGGAGGAAGAAGCCAGUCUCCUCAUGAGCUGUGCGGUCUGUGACUCCUGGACUAUUCUCCUGUAAGUUGAUUCAACUGCUGCUUUUGUACUGGAAGGACUUCAAGACUAAAUAUCCUCCCUGGAGCUGCUAGUAUUUUCAUGUACAUACCUGUAGCUGCUGUGUCAGAUACCUGGAAAGGCAGCAGUGCUGCCCUGCCCCGCACUUUGAAAGGCACAGGAUGUAUUUUGCAAUAAAUAUACUUUAUUU